CACACAGAGGCUGUGAUCCUCAGCAAGCGUAGCGCACGCUCCAUGGUAAACAGCUGUUGUCCUGGAAAUGACACAGCCCCUCCGGCUGUGCCUGCUGUUACCGUAUGCCCAAGCGUCCGAAAUGCGAUCUGCCUGCCCAGUUCCUGCCAGAGCAGAACGUGGCAACUGGUCACGUGCCAAGGGAACCACCAGCCAUCCCGCCGCCAACCUCCCCACCUCCCCGACAUGUCCUGCGUGGGUUUUGUUUGCCAGCCCAUAGACUCCAGCGCAGCCCGCUGUCUGUCAGGCGCUGGUCACUCUCCUGGGCUGGGUGCCUCCCCUCCGCCGUCCUGCUCAGACUCUGCCGGUGGUGAGUCCAAGCUAGAGUCCAAGUGCUGCGAUGCCAGCUCCUGUCUGCAGAGCUCCUGCCAGGAACCUGCGUGCCCACCUGGGCCAGGCCAGGCAGUGGGUGGCCAGUCUGUCUGCCACGAAGCUAAGUCCUGCCCAGACAUAACUUCCGGUGUUGACGUGCCUUGCCCACCAGUUCUCCCGGCAGCUAGCCUGUGCCAACCCAGCUGCUGCCAAGGAGGCUCACAGCAUCCCACGGGAGGUGAGGACCAGCUCUGCUGUGGUGCCAGCUGUCACCCGCUCCUCUGCUACGUCUUUGAGCCAGGCCGACCUGUCCCCUGCAUUCCCGUUUCCUGCCAGCCGUGGACUUUUGUAUUCUGUUCCUGCAGUCCGACUUGCUGGGUGCAUGCUCCCUGCCAGGCAUAUCAUUGCCACCUGGCUUCUCCUGUGUCCUUCAUCUGCCGGCCAGCAGCCACCUGCCGGUCCUCCUGUUCUGAAAACAGCCCUUGCAAGCCGGUUUCCUGUGGCCCUGUGCCCUCGGGCCAACCAACUUGUGAUGGAUGCACUUCUCACAGUCCUGGCCGCCAGUCCCCAUCCUGGAAGCCUGCUUGCUGUGUGACAGGCUCAGGCAAAGCGUCCAGCUGUGGCUUUAGCCACCUCUGACCGACCUCCCCAAGUCUGUGCCCAGCAGCCCUUGUGUGCUGACUCUCCAUCCAGCACCCUGUGAGCCCAGCUGCCACAAACUUGCGCUCUGCCGGUGAGCACCCUUGUCCUCCCGUGAAGGGGGGGGGGGGCUGCUGCCCACGAUGCACAGCCACCCUGGGGCGCCCACCUCCCUCUCGGGGACUGCAACACUGCCUGUGCCCUGAUGCUAUUAGGAUCCGAUCCCCACUCUCUCCAGGUGGAUGAGGAGUCCCCGCCCAGGACGAGCUGGUUGGUAAGGAAGGGAGACCGAGCCUUACAGCCCAGCCUCCCUCCCACAUUUCCCGAUGCUCUCAGCUCAUGUCCCAGCACAGCCUUCCCUGUGGUCAUGGUUUGAUCCUUCAGGGGAUCCCCUCGCUGCCAAUUGCUCAAAAAGAGCUGAGCAGUGAAGAGUCGUGGAGAGACACCGGUGCUUCUGCUGAUUUCUGUACAGCCUGUCAGCUUCCCUUAGGUCACACUGGCCCUGGGGGCUGUGGCCUCCACUCCGUGAGGCCGUCUGCACUGUGGGAAUGGGUGGCAGAAGGCUGGAACUGCAGAAGCUCAAGCUGGAGUGGGGGAGGGUGAGUGGCGUCCCUGGCUCCAGCCUUUUCACUGCCCAGAGCUCUUUUGGGCUGAGUGGGUCCCAGUUUCCCCACAGUGAACCUAUGCGGGAAGCCAGGGCUCAAAAUAAAAGCAUCAUACUACA